CUUGACAUUUUGCUGAAGCCCAAGAGGCAAUUAUUCAAGUUGAACUGCUCCUCCACGAGACAGACAUCCUUUCUAGACAAUACCCAUCAUUCCCAGUAAAGCACUCGCCUCAGCCUUGUGGUUGUUCAUCCCACUACUUUGGUCUUUGACCAGAACACCCACUGCCUUUGUAUAGAGAAUAAUUCGAUGGCGGGCGGACGGCAUUUACUCGAGUUACCAGGCGAAAUCCGCAGCCGGAUCUGGACUUUUGUGUUCGGCUUCGAAGACCAACGCUUUGUCCCAGCGAGCAAGGACCAAGCAUCCGUUCAUCCCGAGUACUGCCUCGCAUGCCAGUCCAUGACGCACGAGUCUACUGCGUUGCCAGCCUGGAAUGAAACCUGCCGGCCCCUGUUGACUUGCAGACAGAUGUUCCAGGAAGGGUGGCAGGCUCUUGCCGCCGCGGCAACAACGUGCACAAUGUACGUGGGCUGGACUCCAGAUUUAAACAUAGGACGGAGUCAAAAAGUAGCAUCUUCCCAUGAGAUCAAACGCAUCGAGUACUGGCUACAUUUCCAGCCGGAAACGGCCCAGCUCGAGGCCAUCACAGCCAUGGACCGGAUCGGCGCUGGCUUUCCGAAUCUCGAGGACUUGGUGGUUCAUGCCCACAUGCAGCGCCCAGAAGAAUAUUCAGGCAUCAUGCAGCUUCUGCCUCUGGCGGCGGCUCUUGUGCGAUUUCGGAAGGACUGCCCACACGUCGCCGGGACCGUCAACAUCGGUUACAUGGAGAGCGUGCCGCCCGAUACUGUGGAAGGGUAUGCAGGUCUUCUGAAACAGCUGGUGGAUGAUCGCUUAUUUGUUGAAGCCGUGAUGGCUCAGGAUGAAAGUGGCCAAGCAGAGCGGAUUGUGGCGUUAUCCUUUGGCGAUUGGGGCCAGAUAGAAAAGAUUCCGCAAAGGUCAUUCCGGUUUUGAUAUAAAUGCUGCUUGGACUCACUGUCACUGGCGACAAUUCUGAAGACAGGGUUGAAAUUCAGAAUCCAGUUCGGACACCCAAGCAACGGCCGAGGUGGUUGAGCACGUUGCCUGUAUUGACGUUGAGGUAGUUUACAUCUUUGCCCAUCACCGCGAAAGCCCGGGCUGCACUGCGGCCAUUGCGAAUGCAGCGCUCGAAGUAAUCCGAUACAACGGCGUCACUUUGGCGGUCCCACAUGUCAAUUGCUGGUAGACGUGAUGGGCGACGAUUUGUCAAGAUUCUUCCCCUUAUAUGAGUGGGAUAAGCCGGCGACGCCAGAAGGACUAGAUAACCUCCCUCUGCUUUUCCCGGGCACCAGAUCUGCAGAACUGCAAUCGGGAGAUGCCAGAUUUCCUCCUGAGGUCUUUGAUUUUGAGUCACGGUCGCCGACCUUGACCCAUGGCUCCCUGAGUCGUUAGUAUUAAGUACGUCUUCAGCAACGGUGUUUCGGCAGACACCGGAUUGUAAAAAUGAGGACGCCGACGGACUCUGCAUAGUAUCCUGGAGAGAAAGAGACCUGGAGCAUCAGGUCCGUGCUCCAACUGCGCAGACGAAAAGAGAAGAGACAAUGCAUCUGCUUGACGUCCGUCCUAGACUCCCCAGGAAUGUGGCAGUUAUGAGAGAGGUCUCAAACCGGGUACCCGGAAGACCUUCCAGAUCAACUCCGGGAACCUAUUAGUGUGGUAGAGUACCCUGUUCCUGUCGGCGGUGAUGGAUUUGUGGAGAGAGAAUCGGACCCCGUCUUUAUCCUAAUUUUCCGAACCGUGGGAUACACCCUCCAACCACAAACAAAAGUCUUGCGCAAUCUUGGGGGGAUUUUAGCAUUGGCAAGCGAUAUGUCGACAUGGUAUGCCUGAACAUCAUCACCCUGUCGGCUUCUGCACUCGAAUGCUGGUAAGGUGCACACCUAGCAUGAUAGGUAUCACAAGAGCAGGGAACCGGUCCUGAACGUUUUGAGAACCAUCUUUGAAGCCGAAUCAGGGCUCAGUCAAGUUGCCAACCCAUUUCCUCGGCCAUGACAUCGGCGAG